AUGAAUUUCGAAUUUGAGCGAGAGAUUGGUUUUAUCAAUAGUCAGCCAUCGCUUGCUGAGUGCCUGACAUCUUUUCCCCCUGUCGGUGAUACAUUUCAAAGUUCAUCAAUCAAGAACUCGACGCUUUCACACUCGACACUGAUUCCUCCUCCUUUUGAGCAGACCAUCCCCAGCCUGAACCCAGGCAGCCACCCUCGCCACGGCAGCAGCAGCCGCCCCAGGCAGAGCCCCAAUGGCAGCAGCAGCAGCCCGGUGCCAACGGGCGCCCUGCAGCCUCCGGAGUACCCCUGGAUGAAAGAGAAAAAAGCCUCCAAGAAAACUGCCCUCCCGCUCGCCACGGCCUCAGCCUCCGCCACUGGACCAGCCUGCCUGAGCCACAAAGACUCCCUUGAAAUCCCCGAUAGUGGGAACGGUGGCUCCAGGAGGCUGAGGACGGCUUACACCAACACCCAGCUCUUGGAGCUGGAAAAAGAAUUUCAUUUCAACAAGUAUCUCUGCAGACCGAGGAGGGUCGAGAUUGCAGCUUUGCUGGAUUUGACUGAGAGACAAGUCAAAGUCUGGUUCCAGAACAGGAGGAUGAAGCACAAGAGACAGACCCAGUGUAAGGAGAACCAAAACAGUGAGGGGAAAUUUAAGAGUUUAGAGGACACCGAGAAAGCAGAAGAGGAAGAGGAGAAAUCCCUCUUUGAACAAGCCCUCAAUAAUGUCUCAGGGGCUCUUUUGGAAAGGGAAGGUUACACUUUUCAGCAAAAUGCACUAUCUCAACAGCAGGCUCAGAAUGUACACAAUGGAGAGUCCCAAAGUUUCCCAGUUUCGCCUUUAACAAGCAAUGAGAAAAAUCUGAAACAUUUUCAGCAUCAGUCACCCACUGUUCAGAACUGCCUAUCAACAAUGGCCCAGAACUGUGCAGCUGGCCUGAACAAUGACAGUCCUGAGGCCCUGGAUGUCCCUUCUUUACAGGACUUUAACGUUUUCUCCACAGAUUCCUGCCUACAGCUUUCAGAUGCAGUUUCCCCCAGUUUGCCAGGAUCUCUGGACAGUCCUGUAGAUAUCUCUGCUGACAGUUUUGACUUUUUUACAGACACACUCACCACAAUUGACUUGCAGCACCUGAAUUACUGAGAAAAGUCAAGACCUCCUCUUGCCAAGGGUUCUGCCUUCCUUUUUGAAAUGACUUAAUUUUAUUUUCCUUUUUCCUGGUCAGUAUUUUCUGUUUCUUAAUUCCCUUUGCUGUGUUGGAGAGCCAUUUUACCGUUUCUUUUGGAGUUUUAGUUGUGUUCAGUUUAACCUAGCCACAUCCUAGGUCCUUCUAUGAAAGCAAUAUCUGAGGCCUGUAAGAAAGUGAUCAUAUAGAAUUGUAUCGUCACUUUCUUUUUAUUUUUGUAUUGCAUUAGGAUGCGUUGUCAUAAGUAUUUUUGGUAGAAUAAAUUCUUGUUUGCUACAAGUAGCUUUCUCUUUUUCUUCCACCCUCUUUCUUCCUCACCACUGGUAAUCUAACGGGUCUGCUGCUGCUGCUUUUUUCCUCCUCCCCCUCCUAAUCUAACUUCGGAAAUAAAAUUAAACAAUCCGCUCACAACCUCUCUCCUUUUGGUAAAGUGACAUAUUUAUUAGAGAGAAAAAGCACAUUCCAAUUCUUUAUUGAAAGGAUUCUUACAAGCAAUAAUUAUUAUUAUUAUAAAGCCUGCGCUCAAAGCUUACACAAUUUCCUCCUUUUAACCUGGGCAUAUAUCGAAGAGCUUCUAUUAUCUGCGUGUGAAUACAAAUUUCGGGUUUUCUAGACUGUAACAAAACAAAAACCAAAACCCCCCAAACAAACAAACGUGCAGCUCUCUCCGUUACAGACCAAAUGUAAUCCAUAGGAAAUGGCAGGGAUGCUCUGCUAGAGACACUGGCCUCUUGCUGUAGGAAAAGACUGGGUUAGAAAUUGCUAAGCUAAACCUCCGUGCGUCCAACAACUCGUUUUAAGGAAAACUUCUUUAAAAAUACAAGCACAGUGCGCGAUUGCUUAGCUCCCAUGUGCUGAACGCGUCCGAGAAAACAAACCUACAAAAAAAAAAGGAAAUAAAAAAAAAUACAAGUGUUAUUAUUUGGGGGUGGGGGGGAUAGGACUGCAUUUCGGAAGGCUGUAGACUGUGCUAACGCGAUUCCUCCCGGGGCUCUGCGGAGGCAGGGAACGAGGCUUUUUCUCCAUAAACCUCUUUGCGGUUGCCAAACUCUUGCUUAAUUCGUUUAAAUUUCAAUGGAGCCCACUCAGCGGCCCGCUGCUCCAUUCGUGGCGCGGUAUAAAACCCCCACAGAGGAUUGCAUUGGAAGACCCGUCGAUAUUUUUAACCCAGCCGAGAGUACUAGGGCCAAAAAUCAAGCAACAGAUGGUGGCAGGGAGCGUUGCGGUUCCCAGAGCCCGGCGAUGGCGCGGAUCCCCGUGUGUUGUGUCUGUGCGCGGGGAGAGCUGGCCGGCGAGGCGUCCAGUUGCGCGGGGCACUUUAUGUCCUCUGCCUGCGAGGAGGGUGGUUUCCCCGCUCUGCAACACGUUGUGGAGCUGGGCCGCGUGGGUAAUGCCUAGAAGGGCUGGCCGCGAUCCUUCCUAGCCUCAUAAAUCAAACUCUCUCUCUGAAUGAGAAUGUCAUCAAAGAGAUCAAUUGCAGGAACACAUGCACAAAUAAAAACCCUCUUACGUAUGUGCCGGGGCUGGGGAUCCCCGUCUAAAACCAUUAAGUUAGAAGGCGUUUAGUCAUAAUUCAUUUUUAUUGCUCUUUUAAAACAACAGCUUGGCUGGGCUGCGGGUGCGGCACACCUCUCCGGCCUGCUCCUGCUUCCUCUCCCUGCUCCGGCUCUCUCGGCCCAAAAGGGGCUCGCUCCCUCGCCUGGGGGGGAUUUUAACUCCUGUUUAGCUGGACUCGUUCAGCUCCCACUGGACCGAUGCCCUGUAGGCACCUCGGGCCUGGAGGUGGCCACGUCCUAGUGAGAGAUCGGCCGCCCUGAACCCUCUUCCCCGAUCGCUUUGCAAAUCAAUACAUCUCCGCGGAGCGAUUGUCUCCCGGGGAAGCCCUGAAACCUGCCUGGGCGCUGGGGGCAAAAGACGGGGGGUGGGUGGGGAGGUGAAAUGGGGAGAGCGACAGAGUGGCGCCUAGGGCACCGGGAGGGCAGCAGUGGCUUGGAGAUGCCCCCCUCGAAACCUUCUGAGAUCUAGGGUGAGGCUGGGGGCGGCGUAAGGGGGAACAGAGCUGGCAUAGAGCCCUGCUCUGAAGGCUUGUCUCCAUUUGCCCCUACUCUGCCUUCCCCACCUCAUUGUGCCGCGCUGGAGCAGAGACAAUGUAACAAAAGGGCGGAUUUCUUCCCCACCGUGGCGAGGAAAGCGAGUGCAAGGCAGCCGGGCUGCGGCGGGGGUGUCCGGCUGAGAGAGGGACUUGGGGGUAGCAAGUGAUGAAAAGCGGGGUAAUGCCUGGGGUGGUAGGGGGGAGCCAGCUCUCCAGUAAGCGGUCCCUGUGGCUUGCCUUUCCCCUGAUCUCCACCCAGCUGGGGCAGGCAGAGGAAGUGCCCCUCCAGCCUUUUCUGCAGCCACAGAGGCGGAGUGCAGGCCGCCUCGUGCAUCUCAGGGAAUCCCCUGCUUCCCUCCCCCGCCCCCAAGCCAAGAGUGUUGAGCAACUCAAUGGCUCCAAGCGGCCCUGGCCCGUUCAUGGCGGUGCGGGAGAGCAGCCCGGGAGGGGGAGGGCGGCUCUUUUGUGCCUAGCGGGUGGAAGGGAAACAUCUACCCGCUUCCCAGUGACACCAGCGGGGCUGCGGGGUGCAGGGCGGCUCGCGGAGGUGGCCUCACAGGGGCACAGACGGCUGUGGAAAGCCGAUCC